CCACUGGUCACUUCGGACAGAGAAGUUUCAGAACCACCACUUCCAAGGCUUGAGAAUCGUGAGAGAAGGGGCAGGAUUUGGUUGUGAAAAGAAGAGGAGAUGUUUAUUGGAAGAUGGCUGGGGAGAAUGGGUGAACAGGUUAACAAGCAUCUCCUAAGAGCCCGCUAUGUACCAGGCACUGUGCCCAGCGCUGCGGAUACAAAUAAAGGCACCCGACAUGCCUGCCCUCCAGGAGCUUCCAGUCUAAGCCCGUGAGAACCAUGGUCGCACAGCCUGAUGGAAGGGGAUGGCCAGGGAAGGCACCGGCAGGGUCAGGGAGCCGGCGGGCAUCUUUUUCAGGAGGGUGAGGACGGGGUUUGUCUGUAGGCUGCAGGGAUUGAGGGGGGAUGAUUGUGGCACCGUCGGGGGAGGAGGAGGAGGGAUCCGGGGCUGGUCUCGAAGCAAAGGGCCCGCAGCGCGGCCCAGCUUGGCGGCUCAUCAUGUGGGUGACCCGGGCUGCCCUGCCCCCUCGGACCUCAUUGGCUCAUUGACAGUGACAACUUGGACCCCUCGCCGCUCCGUUUCGAUCCUGAGAGCUAGCUGUAAGCUCCAGGAAGGCUUCCACCGGGGCGCACGGAGCCGCUCGGUCCUGGGUCCACAUCCAUCCCGCACAGGGUGGAAACGACCUUAAUUGGAAAUCUUCCGGGGAGCCCCGCCCCCUCUUCCUAAGGUCCACCUUGGAGGGGCGGGAACUUGGCUAGGACUCCGAGGCAUUAUCUCGUGGCCGCCGCGCGCUCUGAUUGGGCCUGCGCCACCACGUGAGCAGAGACCCGAACGGGAUUGGCCGGAGUCCUGAGGGGCACUUCUGGGGCCCAGACCAGUGGGAGAUUCAGGCUGUGACAGUCUCCGUGGAAACACGGGCCUCCCCAGCUGCAGUGGGUGCCCAAGCCGGGCGGGGAUGGAGGUCUUGGACGAGUUUGACUGGGAGCACCCCUUGACCUUCACGUUCUGCGAGCUCAUCUCGGAGGAAGCUUUCGAGCGGCAGGCGGUGUCGUACACUGAGCGCUCCCUGCGCCGUCUCUUCCGAAGCAUGGACCGCAACCCGGCGCUGGGGGAGCGCGUGGUGCGCAAGUGGAAGCAGGAGGAGCGCGAGCGUCACGGCCUCAUCUCCUUCCUCACGGUGGGGUCAGUGGGGGGGAGCGGCGGCCCCUCCUUUCCCUCCUCCCACCAUAAGCCCCGGCCCCUUCCCCCCAGGACUGGGAGUCGGGGCCCUGGGGUCCGCCCCAGCAUCAGCCCCGGCCCCGCCCCCUCCCUGGUCUCCCAGCUCAUCCCUUCCCUCUCCUCCACGCUGUCCCAGGGCAGGUUCUUCCAAGCCCUCCAGGGGGACCUCAAUCACUACAAUAACGUGGGCGCCUCGGAGCUUCAGCAGAGGCUGGAUCAUCUGAAGAAGAAGAUGCAGAAAUUAAACAACUAUGCCCAAGACGCAAAGCAGAAGAAAAAGAAGAGGGGGACCUAUAGACUAGAUCAUUCCCCUUCCACGGCGGGCAGCAUCUUGUCCCGAUCACCAGUUACCACGACCAUUUCUACCCGGUCGGCCAUUCCAGUCACAUACAUGCCCAGAGUCUUUGGUCCUUUCCCUCCUCUCUCGGAUGAGCAGACAGAGACAUUGGCUGGUCCAGACUCUGAAGUGAAGGUCAUGAAACUAAACUGGACAGGACUGUCAGCAGCCCCGAAGAGAGUGGUUGAUCUGACUCCUUUGGUGCUUAACCCUGGUGGUUUUCAUUCUUCUCGGCUCUCUGGAAACCCUGCCCACAAGCUCCAAUGCCCCAGUUUUCCCUGGUCUUCAGCCUUGGGUCCGACCAUCGAUCCUGAGGGUUCAGCUCCGACAGUGGGGAACGCCUCUGUCUUCAGCCCACCUGUGCUGCUCAAGUUCCGGCCAGUGCAGAGGCCUCAGGAGGAUCCAAACAGUGACCAUGAGAGCAAGAGUUUGGAUUCUCCCAGCAGCGCCCCACAAUGACACCCCUUUAUCACUCUGAACUCAAGAAUGAAUAAAGCUCCCAGUGGAAAAUGCUGCCCUUCGUUGGCGCCUGGCUUCAGAAGGGCAGAUUCGGCACCUCUGGGGCUCAGGCUUUCCCCUAACCCUAAAUGUGCUCCUCACUUCACUUUACUGGGCCUCAGUUUCCUCAUCAGUCAAGUAUAUGUGUGGGUGAUUGGAGGGGUGUGGGACGUGGGAGGAGCAGAGUCUUUGAGAACGGGGGCAGGGGCAAGUUUGGCUGAGGUCUGACUGUCCCAUGGAGCUCUUUGGUGACAUUGCUGACCUCACAGGUCUCUUACAGCUCUAAAUCUGUCAUUUCCUCUUUGAGGAAGAACCACCCACUCAUGAUGCCUAAAAGGAGCAUCAACUGCCACUGCUGAUCUCACUUUUGUUGUGUCAAGUGUGUGGCCCCACUCAGAGCUUCCCUUUGGACUUGCAGUUAGGGCAGAGGGGAUCCCUACCUGCCACCAGCAGCAGCCCAUGACAGCCAGCCCAGUGGUGGCCGAGGUGAGCUGGAGGCUGAACCCCAGGCUCUGGCUGCCUCUUCUGCUCCACGUUUUUCCCCGCAGGGCACAGGUGACUGAACAGUGAUCCUGGGAGCCUAGGCAGCAACCUUGUGAAUUUGAGAGGUCAGGUGGCUGGCUCCUGGUUGCUCAGCAGGAGGUAGUCUCCAAAAUAAUUUAUUGGAGGAGAUGACCACCUGAGGAGGCUGAGCCUGAAUCAUCAGCUGGUUUGCCAGAUGAUAAGAAUGCAAGCGAAUUACUCAGACACUGUAGGUCUGAGGUGAAAGUGAAAUUGACCUGUUCAGCAGCCUGCAACAUUCUGUAGUCUAACAUUGGAAGUAUUGGUCUUAUGGGAAAGCCUCGUAAGAAUUAUGGGUUAUUUUAUAUUUGAAGUAUUAAUGCACAUUGAUGAAUCUUCUAUGUGCAUUUCUCUUGUGUCAAUAAAUAGCCCUGCUAUUCCUGUGCAUUGUACAUUGAGCAUCUUUCUAAAAGGAACCCUGUGAAUCCCUUCUGGGGAGAGACCCCAGUCAUGAAGGGGAGCAAACAUGUAUUUUUAAUAUUUUUAAUUUUAAUUUUAAAUUUCAGUUCCAAAUUCCCUCUCACUGCCCCCUCUCCUACCUAUUGAGAAGGCAAACAAUGAUCAUGUGAAGCCAUGCAAAAUAUUUUCAUAUUAGCAGUGUUGCAACAACGA